AUGGAUGCCCAGAAUCAAGAACUCAACCCUGACGUCUGCGUGGUAGGAGCAGGACCACUUGGUCUUCUAGCACUGAAGAACCUUCGCGAACAGGGACUCAGCGUAACAGCGUUUGAAAGACAAGAAUACGUUGGUGGAACAUGGCAUGCGUCAAACAAUAUCGAGCAGACAACUGCAUUGGAGUACACGACAGCCAACACCUCCAAGCAAUGCUGUUCCAUUACUGAUUUCCCUAUGCCUGAUGACUUCCCCGUGCACCCCCCUCAGAAGGAUCUCGAAAGAUACUUCGAAUCUUACGCCGAACAGUUUGACCUAUAUCCGCAUAUACAAUUCUCAGUCUCAGUUGACCAUAUAGAACGCGAUGGGCUACGAAAGGCCUGGAGGGUCUUUCUCAAGGAUGUUAAAACGGGGGUUGGAGAGGUCAGAACAUUCGGUCGUGUAGUUGUCGCUACAGGCAUGCUCAACACCCGCCAUCUCCCCCGUGUAAGAGGUCUAGAGAGGUUUUCUGGCGAUGCCAUUCACUCGCGACAGUUCAAAGACGCCUCGAAGUACCAGGGCAAAAACGUGGUUGUCGUAGGUAUUGGCGCAACUGGUGUGGAUUCGACCUCGUUCUUGGUCAAAGCUGGAACCAACAAGGUCUAUCUUAGCCAUCGUGGCACCGUCUUCGUGCUCCCCAGGAGAGUCAGGGGCAAGGCUUUCGAGCACACAUUGAGUCGUCGUGUGUCCAUUUGUGUGAGAACAAUAGGCAACAUCAUGCCAAAUCUUUUUGCAGGUCUCAUGACCAAGAUGAUGAUCAAUAUGCGAGAUAAAGAAUGGCCACACUUGAGGGAAGUAUUCGGUACCCGACCAGUUGAUGGAGUCCUGCAUCGAGUUCCAUUGUUCUCCGAGCAUCUGGCAGAUAACCUCAAAGAUGGUACAGUCAAAUCUGUACAGGGCAUCGAGGAAGUAACUGGUCCCAAGACUAUUACUCUUACAGACGGUACGAUCUUAGAAGAUGUCGAUGCCAUCAUCUUCUGCUCCGGCUAUGGUUAUGACUUUUCUAUCGUCAAGGGCCCUGGUGAUCCGACCGACCCGGCCAUUGCCCCUGACCACCACAGGCGGAUUGAAGCGACCAAGUUCUACGGCGAGGAAAGCAAGUUUGCACGUCUUUUCCAUGGCUUUGUCUCGGAGCAGUUUCCCGAGUCUUUGGCGUUUCUUGGCCAUAUGAUUAUCAUGAGACCUCCAUUCGUACUUUACGAUCUCACUACCAUGGCUCUAGCGAGCUUGUGGUCUGGAGACUACCCCAUGCCGUCUGCCGAAGAGAGGCGUAGAGAUAUUGACGAUCACUAUGAUUAUGUUGUCAAGACACUCCAGAGAGGCCCGGCUCCUCAUCCUGGAUUUCGUUGGAGGGCGAAGCCAACCUACGAGUUUCUGAACCAAGCAGCAGGCACAGGAGUCACCGAUCGUUUGGGGUGCUUCACUUGGGAAGCCUGGAAGCUGUGGUGGAACGACCGAAAGUUUUACAACUUGCUUAUGGAUGGGACUGAUGUGCCCGCGGUUUACAGAUUGUUUGAAACAGGUCGGGGUCGUAAGCUUUGGCCUGGAGCCAGAGAGUCUAUAGAGAAGACAAACCAGGAGGUGAAGGAGCUGGGAGAGCAGUGGGAGAGGGAGAAUAAGGAUAAGAAGACAAAAGGCGAAGACGACGACAACAACAGCCAGCAAGAGCAAGGGAGCGACAGUGACGACGAUAGCCUUAGCUCAGGCCCCGGGGCCAGAGGGAGCCGUUACAGAGGGAGCUUCAGUGGUAGAGCCCCUGCGCCUCCCAUUUACGUUGCUGCUGUUCGAGACCCCACCCGCAAAGCAUCGUCAUCAUCCUGGCUCCACUCAAGAGCUGGGAAAGCAGCAGCAGCAGCAGCUCUAGCGUUGGUGGACAUAGCUCGUCAAGUGCCUCUGCCAAACUCUCCACCACCAUCUCCAUCUCCGUCUCUGUCUCCAUAUUCACCUUCAUCAACACCUCAACCUUCAUCCCAGCCGCCUCCUUCGUCAACCCUCUCCCCCGGUUCGACAACAUCUUCCAUCCGGCCCCAGUCGCCGCAUUCUCCUACCUCUCCUCAUCUUCAAUUAGACAACGCGCCAGUUUCGUCGUUGAAGAUGCCUCCGAAAACAUCAAAGGCUGCUAAUAACAGCAGCAAGACCAAUGAGGAAGAUGGAUAUCAAACCGGUAAAAUCUACUCCAUUUCUGGUCCCGUCGUUGUGGCUGAGGACAUGAUUGGUGUUGCCAUGUACGAGUUGGUCAGAGUAGGACAUGACAAUCUCGUUGGUGAAGUUAUUCGAAUCAGUGGCGACCAGGCCUCUAUUCAGGUUUACGAGGAGACAUCCGGCGUCAUGGUGGGUGACCCUGUUACCCGUACCGGAAAGCCCUUGUCAGUUGAACUCGGUCCCGGUCUCCUCAAUGGCAUCUACGACGGUAUUCAGCGUCCCCUCGAGGCUAUUUCCAAGAUGGCCAAGUCCAUUUAUAUCCCCCGCGGUAUCGCCGUCCCCGCCCUCGACCGCGAGAAGAAGUGGGAGUUCACACCCUCCGUUAAGGUCGGCGACCACCUUUCCGGUGGCGAUGUCUGGGGCUCUGUCUUCGAGAACUCUUUUCUCGCAGACCACAAGAUUCUGUUCCCUCCUCGUGCACGAGGAACCGUUACCAAAAUCGCUGCCAAGGGCGAAUACACCGUCGUCGAGAACAUCCUCGAGGUCGAGUUCGAUGGCAAGAAGACAGAGUACCCCAUGAUGCAGUCCUGGCCUGUCCGAGUGCCACGUCCCUCCAACGACAAGAAGUCCGCCGAUCAGCCCUUCAUUGUCGGUCAGCGAGUUCUCGACGCUCUUUUCCCUAGUGUUCAAGGUGGUACCGUCGCAAUUCCUGGUGCUUUCGGCUGCGGAAAGACCGUCAUUAGUCAGUCUGUGUCGAAAUUCUCAAACAGUGACGUUAUCGUCUAUGUCGGCUGUGGUGAGCGAGGCAAUGAGAUGGCCGAAGUCUUAAAAGAUUUCCCCGAGCUUACCAUUGAGGUCGAUGGCCGUAAGGAGCCUAUCAUGAAGCGAACUACGCUCAUUGCCAACACCUCGAACAUGCCCGUCGCUGCCCGAGAAGCCUCCAUUUACACUGGAAUUACUGUUGCCGAAUAUUUCCGCGACCAGGGUCUUAACGUGGCCAUGAUGGCUGACUCCUCUUCCCGAUGGGCUGAGGCUCUUCGAGAACUUUCUGGUCGUCUAGGAGAAAUGCCUGCUGAUCAGGGUUUCCCCGCCUACCUGGGUGCCAAGCUUGCCUCGUUCUACGAGCGAGCAGGUCGCGUUCAGACUCUUGGUUCUCCCGAACGCGAGGGUAGUGUCAGUAUUGUCGGUGCCGUCAGUCCUCCUGGUGGUGAUUUCUCGGAUCCCGUUACUACAUCCACUCUGGGUAUUGUGCAGGUCUUCUGGGGUCUCGACAAGAAGCUUGCGCAGCGAAAACAUUUCCCUUCCAUCAACACAUCGUUAUCUUACAGCAAGUAUAACACCAUUUUGGAUAAGUAUUACGAGAAGAAUUACCCCGACUUCCCUCGACUCCGCGACCGCAUCAAGCAACUUCUUUCUGAUUCCGAGGAGCUCGACCAGGUUGUUCAGCUUGUUGGAAAGAGUGCCCUGUCUGAUCCUGACAAGAUUACGUUGGAUAUUGCGGGCCUGAUCAAGGAAGAUUUCUUGCAGCAAAACGGUUACUCGGACUAUGACCAGUUUUGUCCUAUCUGGAAGACAGAGUGGAUGAUGAAGCUCAUGGUGGGCUUCCACGACGAAGCCCAGAAGGUCAUCGCGCAGGGCCAGAGCUGGGCCAAGGUACGAGAGGCUACUUCUGACCUGCAAGCCAACCUACGACAGCUGAAGUUCGAGGUUCCCACCGACGGCCAGGAUGUGAUCUCCAAGAGAUACGAGGAGAUUCAACAGAAGAUGACAGACAAGUUUGCGGCUGUUAUGGACGAGUAA